AUGUUACCCCAGUACGAACGACUCUCAGACGGCGACGCAGGCGAUACGACGGGCGGCGGCGGCCUGCGAAGAAGUAAUGUUCGCGUUCGCUUUGGCAAACUGGCCGUUGCGACGGUUAUGCUGCCGGUUGCGGGAUUUCUGUUCUGUGUUAUCUGGUCACUGCUGUACAACUUCGAGCAAGCUAAUGCGACCCACUGUCUGGUGUACAACUUUCUACCGUCGCUAUCAGCCGCGAUCGGCAACUACCAGCCGCAACGAUUCGUAUGGCAAUUUUCGGUACUGUUUCACGCUCCGUUUCGGUAUGCAAUCGCAUUUCUGUAUAAAAACCAUCACCUCACGCUGCUGGGCCGGAAGCAUCGUAAGGAGUGGGCCUAUCUGGCGUGCAUACUAAACAUUGUCGAGCUGAGCUCAUUGGUCGGGUUGAGUUUGUGGACUUCCAGCAAUAACUACGAAAUACACAAAUUUUGCUUCAGUGCCUUCGUGAUAUGUUCCAUCCUGUACAUGCAGCUGGUGGUGCUGAUCAAUCGACUGACUCGUGCCGAGGAGAUGCUGACGCUGGCCGAGCGUAAAUCACUGCGCUGUAAGCGUCGAAUUUUGGUGGCAAAUGUGGCUUCCAUACUGUUCGCGGUGUACUUCUUCGUGCGCCACAAUAACAAUUGUGAGCCGGGCAUUUAUUCGCUGUUUGCCCUAAGCGAGUACGUGUUCGUGUACACCAACAUUGGCUUCCACAUGACGGCCUACUGGGACUUUAUCAACGCAAACGUGUACUUCCACUGGCGCACCGGCAUACACUUCAGCUCGGUUUAG